CUUUUACGAGAGCCGAAGAAAAAAGUUAGAGAGUGUGAAACGGCCCUUUGAAGAAGCAGCGGCCAGGGGUUGCGGGUUUGAAGAAGCAGUAGCUCUCCUCUUCGGACAAAAGAAACGGCACUUUGAAGACGCAGUGGCUCUCCUCUCCGGAAAAGAGAAAGAGAAGGCAGAAGAGAGCAAGCGGGAGGGACAAAAAAUGGGGUGGAUCGGUGAGACAAUCGACUCUAUCAAAUCCCUUCAGAUCCGCCAGGUCCUCACCCAGGCCGUCAGUCUCGGCAUGAUUGUUACAUCUGCACUGAUAAUAUGGAAGGCAUUAAUGUGCAUUACUGGCAGUGAAUCCCCUGUUGUUGUUGUCCUUUCUGGAAGCAUGGAACCUGGCUUCAAGAGGGGGGACAUCUUGUUCUUGCACAUGAGCAAAGAUCCUAUUCGUGCCGGGGAGAUUGUUGUUUUUAAUGUUGACGGUCGUGAGAUUCCAAUUGUCCAUCGUGUUAUUAAGGUCCAUGAACGACAAGAUACUGGCGAAGUUGAUGUCCUCACAAAAGGAGAUAAUAAUUAUGGGGAUGACAGGCUUCUGUAUGCUCAUGGUCAGCUUUGGCUUCAACGACAUCACAUAAUGGGCAGAGCUGUAGGGUUCCUGCCUUAUGUUGGCUGGGUAACAAUUAUCAUGACUGAAAAGCCAAUCAUCAAGUAUAUUCUUAUUGGUGCAUUGGGGUUGCUCGUUAUAACUUCAAAAGAUUGAAGAGUGAAGCAAACCGAGUUGUGGGUGAUCUCCAAUAGAAACUGAAACUGUUGAGCAGCUGCUAUCCUCUUCUUGAAUGUAUUGAAUCAGAAUAGAUGGCUUGGUUUUUUGCCUUUUAUCUAAAUCAUUAUCCAGGACGUUGCACUUUGUUUAUUUUUAGUUGACCAAUGCUCUUUUUAAUCUGGUAAACCCUUUUUUUGGGCACUGGUAGUGAUACCUUUCAUAACAAUUUAGGAGAAAAUAGCGCAUGAAAUUUGAUGCUGUUUACCAUUGAAACAA